AUGCUUCUCCUACCUGCGGCUCUCCUCGCUCUGGUAUCUGAAGUGGCGGCAGACCAACCGCUGGCCACGGCGAUCAAGAAGCAGCUGCCAAAUCCAAACGAAAAGCUGUUUCCCGACCACCUCGCUUUCGAACCCCUCCAACGAUUGACCCCCAUCGAGGCGACGAACUUCUGGCUCGACGGCUACGACGAUGAAGACGCCCCCAGCAACUCCACGAAACGCUACCGCCCUGCAUUCUCGAAUCACUUGCACGAUUCAGAAGAGAAUCUGCUGCGUCGCGCUGCAGAUGUGCUAGCCAUUCUCCAGAACCGAGCAGGGUGCCCCUCCGGGAUGGAGAGCUGUUCAGACAUUGGCGCGCCUAACAAGUGCUGCCCAGACGGAACAUACUGCACCGAUGUGUCGGAUUCGGCUGCUGGGCAGGUUGCCUGCUGCCCUACCGGGGCCACAUGCGGAGGAGGAGUCGGCAACUGUCCAGGAGAUGCCGUGAGCUGCCCAGCGGAUCUUGGCGGCGGCUGUUGUAUCGCAGGAUAUGUCUGCGAGGGGAUUGGAUGCGUUCUGAGUGCUUCAGCCACUGGACUUCCGUCCUCGACAACUCCGCCGCCUCAAAGCACCACCAGCCAGACACACACAACUGCCGCUUCAGGCUCGGGCUCUGGGACCGCAACGGGAGCAGCGCCAUGGAGGCCCACGGAUGCCACAUCCAGCUCGUCUUCCUCCUCAACCACUUCAGCUUCUCGCUUGACUACAUCUCCACCGGGCGAGACCCAGACUGGCUGCCCAACCGGCUUCUACGGCUGCCUCGCCACUCACGGAGGCGGUUGCUGCCGCACCGACCGCGAUUGCCAGACGCUCUCCUGCCCGGCGCCAUCUUCAACCAUCAUCUCUCAUGGCGUCACCGUCGUUGUCCCGGCAAACGACGUGCCGACCUCAACUGCAUCGGACGAGUGCGCGAGCGGCUGGUUUCUCUGCGGAAAGGACGCGGGAUCGGUGGCUGGAUGCUGUCCCAGCGGAUACAAAUGCGGCACCGCGAGCUGCUUUACUUCCUCGGCCUCGGAGACCAAUUCUCUACAGAAGCAACAACCAGAACCGGAGGCGCCAAACAAGAACGCAGCUGCCGGAUCGAUCCCUCGCAACAAUUGGCUUGCUCUGGGUGGCAUUGCGGGAAGCCUCUUUCUUAUCUUUGGUAGUAUCUUAUAA